AUGCUCACGCGAUCAGGACCCAGCACGCGCGACGUUCUCGCGAACUUGCGCAUCUGCAUAGCGGUGGCCCAGAGGGCCAAAGCCGAAGGCCGACACCCGUUUGGAUGCAUACUGGUGGGCCCGAGCGGGGAGGUGCUUUUGGAGCAAGGCAACGUCGACACUUUCAACCACGCGGAGUCGACGCUGUGUAGGGAGGCGUUUCGCCGGUUCGGGCCUGAGUUUCUGUGGAACUGCACUCUGUACACGACGUUCGAGCCGUGCUGUAUGUGUGCAGGCUCUGCGUAUUGGGCCAAUAUCGGACAGAUCGUGUACGGGGUGGCAGAGACUCGGUUGCUGGAAGUGACGGGCGCCGCAGAGGAGAACAUGACCAUGUCGCUGAGUUGCCGAGAGGUGAUUGAGGCGGGGCAGAAACCGAUCCGGGUGGUGGGCCCUGUGGCCGAGCUCGAGGCUGAAAUCCUACAUGAUCACCAGGGGUUCUGGCGAUCGGAUAAUAAAUGA